AUGAAGUGCAAUAGAUUGCCCGCCCACAGAAGCCCUUUAUACUGCUCUAAAGGAGGCUCUCAUUUCCCGCAUUUCCCUCUCAACGCAAAACGUCUCCAACGCUUAAUUUCUGAGGAGGACCUCGGUGACAGGAAACCUGCGCAGCUUCUUAGGCGCUUGGAGCAGUUGGCAGACAGACAAAAGCUGGAUGCCACCAUGUUCAAGCAACUUUUCCUCCAACGGUUGCCUCCUUCUGUGCAAGCCAUCUUUGCGCCUAACAUUCCUUCUUCGACUGUUCAGAUGCUCGCAGAGACUGCUAACCGUAUACUCGAGUACUACCAGCCUCCUGUUACGGUUAACGUCGCUAGUCGAAGCAAAACUGCCCACACAAUCGAGGAUGUCGUCAAACGCCUGGAUGCCCUCACUCUCGAAGUUUCCCAGCUCCGGGCCAUUCGUGUCUAUAACCCUCGUAGUCCUGCAAUUUCUCACCGCCCAAGAUGGUCCAGACCAUGCUUUCGACCGACGUUUGCUGGACAUGACCUUCAAGUUAUUUCUCACUCAGCACGCCUCCUUUCCGACGAGGGUGCGCGAAGGGCAACGGUCAAACUGUCUGGAUCUGCUCCUUACGAAGUCACUGGACAGCGUUGAUGAGGUGCAAUGUCUACCCCCCCUAGGUCGAAGCGAUCACGUCGUACUGUUGUGGAAGUACUCCAUUUUUUCUCUGCCCGAACAGGCCACCAGGGUUAGAAGGAACAUUUGGUGCAGUGACUUUGCCCAAAUAAAAGGUGAACUAAACACCAUAAACUGGGAAUCAGCUUUUUCCGGUAACAUAAUCAAGGAUUGGGACUGGUUUAGUGAGUAACUGCACGUUCUUCUCAGAGACCACUGUCCUAUUUCACGGAAGAAACUAAAUUGCAGAACCCCGUGGCUAACACAAGCUUUAAAAAAAGAAGUGAAUAAAAGGCGGAGGUUAUGGAGGAAAUUCCUCUCGGAUAGGAGCUAUGUGUCGUUAAAUGCAUACAAAGCACAGAGGAACCUAGUUAGGAGGUUAAUCCUCGGGACGCGGCGUACUUUUGAGAAAGACCUACUAAAUCGAGCCGCAGAAAAUCCGAAGUUGUUCUAUGGUUACAUAAGAAGAAGCACACUAAACAGAGACCCAAUCCCGUUAUUGAAAACUAGUGACGACCUAGAACUCAGUGAAGACGGAGAAAAGGCAGAGCACCUUUCACAGUUCUUUAAGUCCAUCUUUACGAAGGAAAGCGCAUUUCUCCCUCCCGACUGCGACAUAGUGGACGGGCCAACGAUUGAGCACGUCUCUUUCGCGAAGCUAUUGUUCGCAAAGAACUGUUGAAGUUGAAUGAGUCUAAAUCACCUGGGCCGGAUGACAUACCGCCCAAAUUGUUGAAGGAACUUGCUGGAGAACUAUCCAAACCGCUGUCCAUGCUCUUCCAAGCUUCGUUCGAAGCAGGCUAUUUGCCCUCCGAUUGGAAAUCAGCGCGGAUCACGCCAAUUUAUAAAGGCGGCAGCAAGGUCUUAGCAAACAACUACAGACCAAUCAGCCUUACUUCAAUUUGCUGCAAAAUUAUGGAGAAAAUAAUAAAGCGAGAAAUAAUGCACUUCCUAGAAGAACAUAAUCUGCUAUGCGAUGCCCAGCACGGAUUUCGUAGAGGCAGAUCAUGCGUGACGAACCUACUAUAUCGUUUAGAUCGCUGGACCCGGGCAGUCGAUGGCAGCAAUGCAGUGCACGCAGUCUACGUCGACUUUAAGAAAGCAUUCGACAGUGUACCCCAUCAGUGUCUCCUGUACAAAUUAAACCGAACAGGCCUGAGGGGUAAUCUCCUGAGGUGGAUACAAAGUUUCUUGAUCGGUCGCUCUCAAAUGGUCCACAUCGGUGACAGGCAGUCGGCGGAGGUAGCGGUUGAAAGCGGUGUUCCACAAGGCUCCGUUCUUGGCCCUACCCUAUUCAUUAUAUACGUAAACGACUGCGUCAGUGAACUGAAUUGUGAUGUGGUCAUGUUCGCUGAUGAUGUUAAACUUUGGAGCGCCAUCCGAACUGAAUUUGACGAAGAGCGCUUGCAGGCAGACCUGACCCGACUCGAGAAAUGGUCACAGGACUGGCUGUUGCCGUUUAAUGUGACUAAGUGUAAUGUCCUGCGAGUCGGCAGGACCCGAUCUCUGAACCGGAGGGUUUACCACCUAAACGGCGUACCAUUGCAGGAGGUAGACGCCCAGAAAGACUUGGGAGUGUGGGUAACGGCUUCUCUAAAACCGUCGCUUCACUGCUCCAAGGUAGCCAAGUCUGCGAUGUCAGUCCUUUAUCUUGUUAAGAGAGCUUUCUCUACCUUCGAUGAGGACUGCUUCGUUAAAGUCUUUCGGACUUUCGUACGGCCACAGCUAGAGUUCGCUAUUCAGGCGUGGAAACCGUGGACCUCUAAUGAUCUCAGCAUCCUUGAGAAAGUUCAGAGGCGGGCAACCAAACUCGUAAGUGGACAGGGUUCACUACCGUAUGAAACCCGAUUGUCCAAUCUCGGCCUCUUUCCACUGAGUUACAGACAGCUAAGAGGCGACCUUAUACAAACAUUCCGUAUACUGCGCGGCCAGGACUGCUGUCUCGUACCUACUGAUUUCUUUGAGUUAGUGACCACAACGAACCUCCGAGGUCAUCCACUUAAACUACGCGUAACUGACGCCAAGCUGGACACUCGGAAGUUCUUCUUUUCAAACAGAGUGAUCGAGGCCUGAAAUGCUCUGCCUGCAGGUGUCGUCAUGUCCACCUCCGUCGAGGCUUUUAAGCGCAACUUGGACCAGAUUGCCACCAAUCGUCAUAAUGCCACCUGACAGAUUGUCUAACAUUUCGUUCGAACAGUUUAUUAAUGUUGUUACAUUACUUCCUGUAUUUCAGUAACGAUUGUUUUUUUUUAAUAUUGUCCCCUGUCUGUUGAAUGUGUGUUGGCAUUCAAUUCGUCUCCCUCCGAAACUGAGAUAGCACCAACUAUCCCUAGACAGACUACUGUACAGCACAUUUAGUAACGUUAAUGUUUUUAACUCUUGGAACAAUUCGUUUAUCUGUCUGGCUUACAAAACAUUGCCAAUCUGAAGAAACUCUGUAGCCGUUUGAUGUUUCCAUUUUCAAAUUUUUUUUUAUUGUUCGCCUCCUUGUAAAAAAUAGGGAGUUCAAAGGUUUAACACCUAUAUUUCCCUCAAAUAAUAAACUGAGAUCUCCCACUCCAAACAAACCUACAGUUGAUGGUUUCUGUUGGUAUCAUCACAAUUAUGGUUCUAACGCCCAUCGCUGCCACUAUCCGUGCAAGUAUAAAACACCCGCGUCGGAAAACCCCCCUGCCGACCAGUAAGUGCGACAAACGUGGUCGGCACAUCCUCUCCCAGUCGCUUACUCCACAUCUAUGACAGGACUUCCUGUCGUGAUUUUCUCGUGGAUACUGGUGCGGAGGUCAGUCUAAUCCCACCCACCUUGACUGACCGUAAGUCACCAAAUUCUUCAUUUUUCCUCCAAGCAGCUAACAAUACUUCUAUUAAAACUUUUGGUCAACGAUCCCUAACACUAGAUUUGGGUCUAAGACGUUCAUUUCGUUGGCUAUUUACUAUCGCUGAUGUCCAUACUGCCAUUCUUGGCGCUGAUUUUAUAUCCUUUUUCGGUCUCCUCGUUGACAUUAAGUCCCAUAAAUUAUUUGAUCCUAAGACUUCUUUACAUUGUAAUUGUUCCACUCGUACCCUUGCAUCGCCUAAUCCACGCAUUUCAACAAUCCCUUCGUCUACUCCCUAUCAUCGUUUACUUUCGGAAUUUCCGUCUAUCACACGACCUUCACAAUUUAACCAACCUAUCAAGCAUUCUGUUGUACAUUAUAUUUCAACCACUGGACCACCCGCGUUUAGCCGUCCCCGUCGUUUAGCCGCCGAUAAAAUAGCCAUAGCCAAGGCUGAAUUCAGUCACAUGAUGGAGCUAGGCAUAGUUAGGCCUUCCACUAGUCCAUGGGCUGCACCUCUACAUAUGGUGUGCAAAAAGUCUCUCGUUGACUGGCGCCCAUGCGGGGAUUACCGACGGUUAAACACCUCCACUGUGCCUGACAGGUAUCCACUUCCCCAUCUCCACGACUUUUCAUCUAGCCUAGCUGGAGCAACAAUAUUUUCCAACAUCGACUUAGUCAAAGCUUUCCAUCAGAUACCCGUUGCUCCAGAAGACAUUCCCAAAACGGCGAUUACGACACCGUUCGGUCUGUUUGAGUUUGUCAGGAUGCCUUUUGGGCUACGCAACUCCGCUCAAACUUUUCAACGUUUCAUCAACGAAGCCCUCCGCGAUCUACCGUUCGUUUUUGUCUACGUCGACGAUGUUCUGGUAGCAAGUUCCAGUGAACACGAGCACCUACAACAUUUGCGUCUCAUUUUUGAACGAUUGAGCCAAUUUGGCGUUUACAUUAAUGGUUCUAAAUGCGUUUUUGGCGCACAGUCGCUGUUUUUCCUAGGACAUCGCGUAGAUGCUUCUGGUUGUCACCCCAUAGAUGCCAAAGUUUCAGCUAUUCGCGAUUUCCCUACUCCCACUUCUUUGCAACAACUGCGCCGUUUUAUAGGCCUUGUCAAUUUCUAUCGAGGUUUCAUCCCUCAUUGUGCUCAAUUAAUGCUACUACUUACUAACCUUUUACGCGGGAACAACCGUGAGUUUUCUUUUCCUGACACAGCUGUAGAGGCUUUCAAUCGUGCGAGGAAGGCUCUUGCGGAUACAACUGUCCUUGUUCACCCUAUACCUGAUGCCCCACUUUCCAUUGUGGCCGACGCCUCCAGUUUCGCUAUAGGUGCUGCCCUUCAGCAACAGACGCCCACUGGCACCCAACCCUUGGCUUUCUACUCUGCCAAAUUGACACCCCCACAAACUCGCUCUAGAACUUUUGGUAGAGAACUUCUUGCAAUUUAUUUAGCCAUUAAGCAUUUUCGUAAUUAUAUUGAGGGCGGAGAUUUUUGUAUUUAUACUGACCACAAGCCUCUUACUUAUGCCCUCUCUACUUCUUCUGACAGGUAUUCACCCCGCGAGGCCCGCCAUCUCGAUUUUAUUUCUCAGUAUACCGCCGACAUUCGAUUUCUUAAAGGCCUUUAUAAUCAAGUUGCUGACUGCCUACUCGCUGUUCCCAACUAGUGGGUUUGUCUCUUACAACCUAAUGCAGAUAGAAUCUCUGCCAAAGCCGCAUAGAUAUAUGGGUUAUUAUCGCAUAAUUUUUUCCAUCCGGAAAUGAAGGUAAGAUUUUAUCAAAUGUCUGUUCUCCUUGUCCUCGAAUACUGCUGUCCUUUCUUUGGUUUAAUGGACGCCUGUGACAGUAAUAAAAUCGGCAUUGUUCAGAGGUUUUCACUCGGAAACUAUUCUCUCAAGCUGCAUCAGGCAUUUCUUAUACUCAGAGAUGUCAGCUGGCGAAUGUUAGGUUUUUGUGGGUUUGUAGACUCGAAGCUAGCCUCUGCUUCCUUUUUCGCAUUAACACUAACUCCGAUCCUUCGCGCACUGACACUCUCACUCCGAGAAUUCGGUCUUAUGCCACGCGCAACUCAUCCAUGGUGAUUCCGCCGCCUCUUUGUACUUCAUCUAAGCGCACCCUCUUCUUUGCUUCCAAAUAUGCCUUCAUUUGCAAUAAUCCUCCAUCAGAAAUCAAAUCAUCGCCUAAGUUAUCGGUAUUCAAAUCGAAAUUACGAAAACACAAUACACAGGAAAGUAUGAAGGCACUUCUAACAAUCUCAUUCCUGAACCCUAGGCUUCUUGACUUUGAGAAGGGGCCUUCUUGGAUUUAAUGGUGGAUCGAGUGGAAAUCCGCACUUAUAUUUUUACAGCCGCCUGUUUUCAAUUGGCUACUAUUGCCACUGUUAUCACUUCUCCCCCAUAGCGACGAUUUUCACGGUUCUUGAUGUCACCUUCUCAUUUCGAUCCCAAGCGGUCUGUCGAAGCUCACGACGAAACCCUCAGUAUUCGCCGUCUACUAGUAGUUUGGUCGUACAUCCCUUGCCCACUCCUCGGCUGAGCUCGAGGCGGACUGUGACUGAUCACGUCUCAAUUCCUCUCGUCUGGCCACUUUGACGCGAAUAGCCUCACUCACUGCAUGAAUUCUGCCCUGACGAUGUCCGUUUUGAAUUCCGUAUAAAAUACCGCAUGCAGGCCAGUCGUGUGUGACCCGCAUGCUUGUCCCCUCAUGGAUGACAUCUAUUUCUGCCUAUACGAUGUCCGUUUAUAAUCCGUUAUACACUGUCACAUGAAGGCCGGUCCUGCCCUCACUUUAUCAUUUUAUCAGCAAAAGUUUUUUCUCGUUUAAAGUUAUUCCAAUUCCUUUGUUCACUCUAUAAUGAAGCUUUUUUCAAUGCUUGCUCCUCAUUUUCCCUAACGGGCUACUUAUUCCAUAAGUACGUAUUGCCUAUUGUGCAGAUUCAGUCCGCCUCUUCUAAAAUUAAUACUAAAAUUUAUUUCUACUUGCUAUGACGGGACCCCGAUUGGUCUUUAAUGAAAUUAUUUUAUUUAUUUACCUGUUUGUUACCGUUCGGUACCCCGUACCAAAUCUUCAGGUGUUCGCCAGAAAUCUUUUUGGCAAAACGCUUUUCUCGAAGAUUUAUCUGGUACCUGCCUUUUAUCAGAUUCCGGUAGUCCUGAUGAUAUCCGCAAAACCGCCGUCACCACGCCCUUCGACCUCUUCGAAUUCGUCCGUAUGGCCUUCGGUCUUCGUAAUGCUGUCCAAACUUUCCAGACCUUCAAUGACCAUACCUUACGUGGACCACUGUUUUUGUACGUCUGCAUCGAUGUCCUCCUGGUGGCCAGUUUGAAUGCAGAGGAAGACAAAAGCACCUCGCCUUGGUGUUUUAACGCCUCGACAAGUUUGUAGUUAUCAUCAAUCCAUCCAAGUGCGUUUUGGGUGUGUCUUCGCUCGAAUUCCUCGGCUAUCAUGUCGAGUCUGAAGUUUUGCGUCCCCUAUCCUCCACGGUCGAAGCAGUUCAUGGUUUCCCUCCAUCAACCUCCACGUGUCAGUUACAGCUAUUUACUAGCAUGGCCAACUUUUACCACCGGCUCCUACCGAACUGUGCUGACCUCUGCUGCCGCUCACCAACAUGCUUUCUGGUCCCAAAGACCCCCUCGAGCUGACUGGUGAAGCACUGAAUGCUUUUGAGAGAAUCCAGAAUUCCCUUGCCGACGCCACCUUGCUUACGAAUUCUGUUCCCGAAACUCAGCUGUCACUGACGGUAGAUGCUUCGACCGUAGCCAUAGGCGCGGUCCUUCAACAACAUCUUGUUGGUCCAAAUCGACCGCCGGCCUUUUCAUUCAAACAGUUCUUACCGACUGAGAUCCUCUAUAGUACUUUUGGCCCUGAAUUGAUUGCCAUCAACCUGACUGUGAAGCAUUUCCGGCAUUUACUUGAAGGUCGGGCAUUGACCGGUUUCACUGACCAUAAACCGCAGACUUUUUGCUCUUCGGUCCCAUUCCGGCAAGUGCAAUCUGAGAGUCAUCGCCCACCUGGACUACAUCCUUCAGUUCACCACCGAAGUCCGCCACAUUUAUGGCACGAAUAAUAAGGUGGCUGAUAUGCUUUUCAGGCCCUCACUCUCUUCCCUCCAACUUACACGGAAUUGACCUUUUCGCCAUGCCGGCUGAGCAACAAGGGGUCGGUUAUCUUGACGAGGGGUCCGUUGGUGAUCUCCAACUCAAGGAUAUUCCUCUGACUACCGGUACUGGUACCAUAUUUUGUGACGUCUUGACUCGUUUUCAUCGCCCCUUCAUGCCCGCCUAGAUGCAUUGAACCGUGUCUCAAACUCAUCAUCGAAUCUCCCACCCUGGGAUCCAAGUCUCUCAAAAGCGCCUCGCCGAAAAGUUCGUCUGCCUUGGCAUAAACAAGGAGGUCAAAUCUUGGGCCCGGUCAUGUCUGAGUUGCAAUAAAAACAAGGAGUGGUGCCGAAACAGGUCCCCCAUGGCUCUUUCUCCUGCGCCGACGCACAGUUUAGCCAUGUGCAGCUCGAGGUCAUAGGCCCCAUGUCCCCAUCCAAUGGAUUCACCCACCUCCUUACUUGCGUCGAUCGGUACACUCACUGUGCUGAUGCCAUCCCAUUGCGGAAGUCAAGGCGGACACCAUAUCUAAGGCUUUUUAUCAAUUGUUGGAUCGCCGUUUCUGGUGGUCCGUCCGUGGUAAGGGCUGACUGAGGAGCCCAGUCCUAGUCUGCCCUUUCCUAAGCUCUCUUCAACUUCCUUAGCUGCGCGCGCAUUCGGACGACGGCAUAUCAUCCAUCUUCCAACCGUAUGGUCGAGUGUUUUAACUGCCAGCUGAAGACCACCCUGUGUGCCACGGAGGACCCAACCAACUAGUCUGACAACCUGCCCUUGGUGCUUUUUGGCAUUCACUCGGUACUGAAGUCGGACCUGGAUUGCAGCGCGGCCGAACUGGUGUUUGGCAUUACCCUCCGACUGCCGGGCGAGAUGGUCACCCAAAUCCCUCGUGGUAUCGAUGAAAGUCCCUUCCACUUAGUGAAUCAUUUGCGGCGAUUCGUGCGCAACUCAUGCCGAAGAAGACUUGGCCAACUUCACCCAUGCCUUUGUUGCAUGUGACCGUGUCCGCAAGCCGUUGGAGUCACCCUACGAAAGACAGUUCCGCGCGCUCUCGCGCAGUACCAAGACCUGUCUCAUCCUUCGCGGUGGCAAGGAGGACGUGGUCAGUGUCCCUCGAGCCGGGGCUGCUGUCUCAGAGUAG